UUCCCAUUUAUUAAAGAACCUAGACAACUACUAAUAAAAAAAAGAAAGCAGAGGAAAAUCAACACGGCUACAAAAGGAGCUGCAACGCCUAUCAGUUGAAGAUUAGAAAUCCAUGCUAACCCCUUCCUUUAAAAUCUUCUACCCUUUAUCCAUUUUCUACUACCCCAUCUCUCUCCCUUUCCCAUCUACUUCUAAACCUUCAUCAAACAUAACUCUCUUCCUAGAGAAACAUAAAUAUUUUUAUAGCAUAGGACUUAUUUGAUUCUUGUUAAUUCACACCACAAGGAUAAUUGACAUGGGAUCAAGCUUCUCUAGUUGUUAUGAGGGUGAAUCUGUGUCUCCUUCUCCAAAGCCAACCAAAGUGGUGGCUACGAAGGGUGGUUCUUCUUCCAACAGGGUCUCUAUAACGGACUUGAGUUUUCCUGGCUCAACGCUUUCGGAGGAUCUCUCCGUUUCUCUAGUGGGGUCUAACCUGCAUGUGUUUUCACUCGCUGAGCUCAAGAUCAUAACGCAGGGUUUCUCUUCGAGUAACUUUCUCGGAGAAGGAGGUUUCGGACCCGUGCAUAAGGGCUUCAUUGAUGACAAGCUUAGGCCUGGUCUCGAGGCUCAACCGGUUGCCGUCAAGCUUUUGGACUUGGACGGUUCUCAGGGCCAUAAAGAGUGGUUGACUGAAGUUGUGUUUCUGGGUCAACUAAGGCAUCCACAUCUCGUGAAGCUGAUUGGAUAUUGCUGUGAAGAAGAACACAGGCUUCUGGUAUAUGAGUAUUUACCACGAGGCAGCUUAGAGAAUCAACUAUUUAGAAGAUAUACGGCAUCGUUACCAUGGUCAACAAGAAUGAAAAUUGCAGCUGGAGCUGCAAAGGGUCUAGCCUUUCUACAUGAAGCAAAGAAACCAGUCAUCUAUAGAGAUUUUAAAGCUUCAAACAUCUUGUUAGACUCGGAUUAUAAUGCAAAACUUUCCGAUUUUGGCUUGGCCAAAGAUGGUCCUGAAGGAGAUGACACACACGUUUCAACUAGAGUCAUGGGCACACAAGGCUAUGCGGCCCCAGAAUACAUCAUGACAGGACACUUGACAGCAAUGAGUGAUGUGUACAGUUUUGGAGUCGUGCUCUUGGAGCUUCUAACAGGACGAAGGUCAGUGGACAAAGGGCGCCCACAGAGAGAACAGAACCUCGUGGAAUGGGCCAGGUCUGCUUUGAAUGAUUCCCGGAAACUUAGCAGAAUAAUGGAUCCAAGGCUUGAGGGUCAGUAUUCUGAGGUUGGGGCAAGAAAAGCAGCUGCAUUGGCUUACCAAUGCCUUAGCCACAGGCCAAGGAGUAGACCCUUGAUGAGCACUGUGGUUAAUGUUCUCGAGCCACUUCAGGACUUUGAUGAUGUUCCAAUUGGACCCUUUGUUUACACUGUUCCAGCUGAACAACAACAAUACAAUGAAGUCGCAAAAGAGAGUGAAACACCUAAGGAGAGGAAGAGGGAAAAUGGUCAUCAUCAUAACCGACGUCAUCAUCAUCAUCGCCACAAUGGUCAUAGGCAUCAUCCACUUAAAUCUCCUAAGACACCAAUGCCAUCAGAUCAGUCACAGAAUGAUGAACACCGAAAUGGUAGAAAAAGUGGGUCUAAUUCACCUGAUACAUUCAAUGCAUCAGAAGCUCAACGAAGCAUGGGUUAGUAGACACAUAUAGAUCUUUACUGUACAUAGGUGAAUUAUUAGAGUUACAUAGUGUGCCACGUACUAGUACUAAGUGCAACGAGCCUUCAAGGCAAUAAGAAACAGGAAAAAGAUGAAAAGGAAAAGGAAAAGAAAAAGAGAGUGCCAUAUGUAAUGGUCCUUGCAUGGAAAACAUGAUUGAGUUCUAUUUUUUUUUUUUAAUUUGUUUAUUUGUUCCAGAGGAAGUUAAUUAUUUUGAAUUGUGUAUACAAUGAUGAAUUUUUUCCCUUGAUGAAUCAAAACAAAAGACCAGUUCAAUAAA